GCUUCCUCCCGAGCGCGGCAAUUUUGAAAUGGACAACAUUCUAAACAAGGAACAGGGUGUCUUAGACCAACUCGAGUACGACUUGAACUGUUCAAAUUACGACUCCGACCAAGGGGACGACGACUCCAGAGAGAUGUCCCUGGCUAUCGAGGAAAAUAUGAAAGAGGAGUUCGACGCGGAAGACACCAAAGUCGAGUUUUACCAGAAAAUGGAGACGGACAUUAUUUUACCCGAAGCGUCCCAACUUUAUCACGUGGGUGCGGGCGACGUUAAGAAAAAGGAGGUGAAAACCAAAAAAGAACUCGAAGAAGAGGAACGAGAGAAAAUGCAGGUGCUGGUGUCUAAUUUUACCGAGGACCAGCUCGAUCGGUACGAGAUGUAUCGGCGGUCUGCAUUUCCGAAAGCGGCAAUAAAGCGACUUAUGCAGACGAUUACAGGCUGUUCCGUUUCGCAGAAUGUGGUCAUUGCAAUGGCCGGUAUCGCCAAAGUAUUCGUAGGAGAAGUCGUGGAGGAAGCUCUCGACGUCAUGGAGGAACAUAACGAAAUUGGUCCAGUUCAACCGAAACACCUCCGCGAAGCAAUACGAAGGAUGCGCCUACAAGGAGCGAUACCCAACGGAAGGACGCACUAUAAGUCCCAUUUUCGUUUGUAACUUACUAUAUCGAAUGUAAUAAAAUAAAAUGUUUUUAUCAAG